GUCAUGGGCCCCAGUUCUUGUAUGUCCUGGAACAUAGCCCAUAUUCUGUGUUUACAUGGGUGAAGUAGCUAAAUUAGGUCAUCUUUUUUCUUUCUCCGCUGUCUUUCAAAUUGAACGGGGUUUUUUCUUCACCAAAUGACGCGUCGUUUCAACAAAAGGUUAUUUUUGGAUAAAUAGUAGUUAGUUAGCAAUACAACUAGUUAGCAACUGCUUAGUUAUAGUAGCAAGCUAGUAGAUUUAGCACAAGCGGGAAUGGCUAGUUAGUUAGCUUCGUCGAUAUGCAUAAAAUAAGCUAGGCAAUUUUGCUAGUUGUAGUUGAGUUUUUUUUCUAUUUUUUAUUUUUAUUUCUAGUCAACUAGCGGGCAAACAUUCAAAACGGAUACUAACAAAUUGAUUGCCUUGCUCAAAGUAUGGGGAUGUGCUUGCCGUGCCUUGGUGGAGCUGGAGACGACGUGGUACCGACACCAGACCCAGAGACGAGGAGACGUCAGCUAGCAGAGGCAGCUGAGAAGAGACAGAAAGAGACAACCUACAGGGGUGUCAAAAACCCAGAAGCAGUUGAGAGGAAGAAAAAGAAACAGGAGGAGAUGAACAAACAAGAGAUGACCACGUCUCCGUCUGGAGGGGGAGGAGGGCUGAAGUGGCAGGUGGGCUAAAGAUCGACGGACAUGGAGAGAUUUAUGAAAGUCUCCACACUGAGGUUCAGUCAACAACAUGAAGAGUAUUGGUACCAGUUGACUUGAAAAUGCCUUUUUGGCUGUCUGUCCUUCUAAAAAUGUUCUAUUUUAAAUACAAGCUUUUUCAGAGGCAGUAGGAUAGUUUGCCAUGCUUCGCCUUGGUAUAAAGAAAGGUUCUGCUGCUCGAUGUUGGCCGUGUGCACCGCAGUACAUGCCUCCCCUAAAUGCCAAGAUGUACAAGAGAGAUGGAUCUUUGGAACGGACAGGGUGACUAUGACACAGCUAUGAGUAGCAUACAGUAUACACGCUCACAGUACAUCUAUAAACUGUACCAGGCGUCUUGCCACUCUUUCUCUGCUCUUUCCCCCUUUCGCUCUCUCCAUCUACUAGUCCUCUGCCCUCGCUCUCUCACCCCUUCUCUCACCCCUUCUCUUGCUCUCUCUCUCACCCCUUCUCUUGCUCUCUCUCUCACCCCUUCUCUUGCUCUCUCUCUCUCUCAC